AUGAGAGAGGAGGGGGCGCGACGAGAGAGGAGGGGACGCGACGAGAGAGGAGGGGACGCGACGAGAGAGGAGGGGACCUGCCGAGCGAGGAGGGGACGCGACGAGAGAAUUAGGGACGCGGCGAGAGACAUCCCCCUUUCCCUUCCCAGCAUCCCCCUUUCCCUUCCCAGCAUCCCCCUUUCCCUUCCCAGCAUCCCCCUUUCCCUUUCCCGCAUCCCCCUUUCCAUUUCCCUCAUCCCCCUUUCCAUUCCCAGCAUCCCUUUCCCGCAUCCCCCUUUCCCUUUCCCUCAUCCCCCUUUCCCUUUCCCGCAUCCCCCUUUCCCUUUCCCUCAUCCCCCUUUCCCUUGCCCGCAUCCCCCUUUCCCUUUCCCGCAUCCCCCUUUCCCUUUCCCUCAUCCCCCUUUCCCUUUCCCGCAUCCCCCUUUCCCUUUCCCUCAUCCCCCUUUCCCUUUCCCGCAUCCCCCUUUCCCUUUCCCUCAUCCCCCUUUCCCGUUCCCUCAUCCCAUUCUUCUCCUCGGUUUCCUUCCAUGCCUCACCUCAGUUUCCUCUCAUGCCUCACCUCAGUUUCCUCUCAUGCCUCACCUCAGUUUCCUCUCAUGCCUCACCUCAGUUUCCUCUCAUGCCUCACCUCAGUUUCCUCUCAUGCCUCACCUCAGUUUCCUCUCAUGCCUCACCUCAGUUUCCUCUCAUGCCUCACCUCAGUUUCCUCUCAUGCCUCACCUCAGUUUCCUCUCAUGCCUCACCUCAGUUUCCUCUCAUGCCUCACCUCUGUUUCCUCCCAUGCCUCCCCUCGGGUUCCUCCCAUGCCUCCCCUCGCGUUCCUCCCAUGCCUCCCCUCGGGUUCCUCCCAUGCCUCCCCUCGCUUUCCUCCCAUGCCUCACCUCUGUUUCCCCACUUGUCUCCCCUCUGCUUCCCCACUUCCCGCCCACCUGUUGA